GGGCGUGGUGCACCAGCGGCGCGCGGCCCGGCCCGGCAUGGAGGAGCGCGGCGGCUCGGAGCCCACCCCCGGCUGCAGCGGGCUGGGCCCGGGCGGCGGCGGCGGCGGCGGCGGCGGCGGCGCCCCCUCCUGGGCCCCCGAGGACGCCUGGAUGGGCACCCACCCAAAGUAUUUAGAAAUGAUGGAAUUAGAUAUAGGAGAUGCCAGCCAAGUUUAUAUAGCAUUCUUGGUUUACCUGGACCUCAUGGAGAGUAAAAGUUGGCAUGAAGUAAAUUGUGUUGGAUUACCAGAUCUUCAGCUCAUCUGCCUUGUCGGUACUGAGAUAGAAGGAGAAGGAUUACAGACUGUGGUGCCUACAUCCAUCAGUGCUUCCCUCAGCCAUAACAGCGAAGUAUACAAGUUCCAGUUGUUCCACAACUGCAGCAACAUUUUGGAUGAUCAGUUUAUUUAAUUUCAGUCAUUCAAUUAACACUUUUUGUUGAAAAGACUUUUCUUUUGAAUUGCUGCUGUACCCUUGUUAAAAAUCACCUGACCAAGCUUAUAGCAUAUUAAGAAGUAAUAUAUAUGAUAUAUUAACACAAAGGAUGGGGAGGAAAUGGAGCUAUAUAGAAACAAAGGAAAUGACAUCAGAGAGUAACUUGAAGAAAUGAAGAGUACCAGAAGUAUUAAAUAUGUAAGUUAACAUUUUUUAUCCUUUUUCCUCUUUUUUAAAAGAUGUAAGAUUGUAUAAAGCAAUAAUUGUAACAUUGUAUCACUGAGUUUAUAAUGUAUAGACACGAAGUCUAUGACCAUAAUAGCACAAAGGAAGGAGAAAGGAAUGAAACUAUAUUGGAGAAUUAAGUAUUAAUCUGAGGUAAAUGAUGAUAAAUUAAGAUGCAUAUAAUAAUUUCUGGAACUACUACUUAGAAACUCAAAAAAAGUACAGUUAAAAAAACACAAGGAAAUUAAAAUAAUGCACUAGAAAAUAUCUAUUUAAUAAAAAAGAAAGUGGUAAAAAUGAACAGAGAAACGAGAAAGACAUGUUAUAUAUAGAAAACAAAUAGCAAACUGGCAGAUAUAAAUCAAUAAUAUCAAUAUUAAUUUUAAAUAUGAAUGAUGAGGCACUUAGAGUCAAAGGGCAGAAAUUAUAAGAUUAGAUAUAAAAACAAGAUCCAACUAUAUGCUCUCUGUAAGAAUCACACUUUACAUUCAGAAAAAAUCAAUUUUGGAAAAGUUUCAGUGAUCUUUUUCUACACUGCUAGCAUCUGAAUGUGUCCCCCAGAUUUCAUAUGUUGAAAUCCUAACCCCCAAAGAUGAUGAUAUUAGGAGGUGGGACCUCUAGGAGGUCAAGUCGUGAGGGUAGAGUUCUCAUAAAUAGAAUUAGUGCCUUGUAAAGAAACCCAUGAAGAUUCCUUGCCUCUUCCAACAUGUAAGGACACAGUGAGCUGGCUUUGAAACAGGAAGAGGACCUCUACCAGAAUAAGCCCUUGCUGGUACCUUGAUCUUGGACUUUCCAGCCUUCAGAACUGAGACAUAAAUUUCUGUUGGCUAGAAGCUACCAAGUAUGAGAUAUUUUGUAAUAACAGCCUGAAUGUAUUUUUUUUAAAGAUGUUGAUUUAUUUUAUUUUUAUUUAUUUAUGAUAGGCACACAGAGAGAGAGAGGCAGAGACAUAGGCAGAGGGAGAAGCAGGCUCCAUGCACCAGGAGCCCAACGUGGGAUUUGAUCCCGGGUCUCUAGGAUUGCGCCCUGGGCCAAAGGCAGGCGCUAAACCGCUGCGCCACCCAGGGAUCCCCUAGCCUGAAUGUAUUAAAGACCUAUACCAUUCUCUUUCCUUUCCUUCUGUAAUUCCAUUUACACAUAUGUUAAACUGAUACUGUACCAAAGGCCUCUGAUGUACUUUUUAUUAUUUUUUUUUAUUGGAGUUCAAUUUGCCAACACAGAGCAUAUCACCCAGUGCUCAUCCCAUCAAGUGCCCCUUCAGUGAUGUACUUUUUAAAAUUGUUUCUCUUUGACUUCAGUUAAGUUUUCUGUGACCUCUUUUCAACUUUACUAAAUCCUUUCAUUAGUCUGAUUCUAGUCUAUCAUUUAGCCUAGUCAAUACUUUGAGAAUACAUAUAUUUUUAA